AUGCCUCCAAAGAACAAAGGAGGUGCUAAAGCCAAAGCACCCGAACCAGCGAAGCAAGAAUCUCCGAAACAACCCCAGACCAUCAAAGAGCUCGAGUGGCAGUGGUACUACGAGACGAAUCCUUACCAGAAGUCCUUCGAAGAGCUUGGUCUCCAUGGCAUGACCCCAGCUGAUCGACAAGCCUAUCUCAACCAAGAAUAUCUAAAACCGGGCGCUGCCAAGACCCUCUCCAACAAAGCACAAAAGGAACUGUGGAAGCAGCUAAACGAAGCCAACGUUCCUCUACGCAGCUUACCCCGGCCGCGCGAUCACCAGUGGGGCCGCGACAAGAACGGCCGCGACGUCGGCGAUUAUACCGUUGAGGAGUACGAAGCCCGCGAGGCGAAGAAGGUUAAGCUUCUAUUGCUUCUAGACGAAAGCUCAGCUUUUAAGGUCAAGCGCGCGAAAGCCGACGAAAACAACCCCGACAACGAGAAGACAUACACUUGCACCGAAGAGGACGUAGAUGCUGAAAUAGCUAGGCGGAAAGAGAUGUCAAAAUUACAGUACGACCUAUACGGCGCCAAGAUGGAUCCCUACGAGCUGGAUCCAGACUGGGAUGACGUCGUACCGAUACCUCAGAUCGAGCCCGAGGGAGCGCUUGCCGCUAUUGCGUAUCCGGAUGAAUAUUCUGAGGCUAUGUCCUACCUCCGUGCCGUUAUGGCAGCGAAAGAGUAUUCACCCCGAUGCCUCAGACUAACCGAGCGCAUCAUAUCCUUAAACCCGGCACACUAUACCGUCUGGCUGUACCGGUUCUCUAUUGUACAGGCUCUAAACAUAUCGAUCCUAGACGAAAUCGACUGGCUCAACGAAGUCUCUCUCGCACACAUCAAGAACUACCAGAUUUGGAACCACCGGCAACAGCUGAUGGAACACUACUACCCGACGAUCGUGACGGUGCCCUCAGAGGUAGCCGACCUAGCUAACAGCGAGCGGAAGUUCCUAGAGAAGAUGCUCCGGCUAGAUACGAAGAAUUACCACGUAUGGAGCUACCGGCAGUAUAUAGUGCGCAAGCUGGGGAUAUGGGGCGACGCCGAGCGGCAGAGCAUAGAGACCCUGAUCCACGAGGACGUACGGAACAACUCAGCCUGGUCGCACCGCUUCUUCGUCGUAUUCUCAGACCCGGCGUACGCGACACCCAACUCGCACGCCACGGAGCACGACCCGAAGAUACCGGAUGAUGUCGUCGACCGCGAAAUCAAGUACGCCCAGCAGAAGAUCGAGCUCGCGCCGCAGAAUCAAAGCCCCUGGAAUUACCUCCGCGGGGUGCUAGUCAAGGGAGGCCGGAAGUUGGUGACCGUAGGGGAUUUUACAGAGCAGUUUGUUACGAAGCUAAGCGAUGCGGAAGCAGAGGAGGUUCGGAGUUCGCAUGCCUUAGACUUGCUAGCAGAUAUAUACAAAGAGACAGGGGAGCUGGAAAAAGCGGACUUGGUACUUAGACGGCUAGGCGAUAAGUGGGAUCGCAUUCGGCGCGGGUACUGGGAGUACAGGCGGAAGCUACUAAAGGAGGACCAGCGUUAG